CGUGUCCUAGCCUAGCUGGUGCGGUAGACGGAGACUCGGUGGUGGGUGUUGUGUGAGGUUGUGAUAAAGUUUGCUACGUGUCUCCUCUUGCGGUGUGAUAUGCAGUAAGCAGUGAUGAAUAGUUCUGAAACGUACAGCAAAUGAUAAGUAAUAAGGUUUAUAAUAAAUUAACCUGAUAAUUUUGGCCGGUUUUACACAAAGUAAAACAAUGCAGUCCAACAAGCCAAGUAACACGGGUGCAAAGAAAGUCAUGUUUCCUGAUAAAAAGUCUUCACCACCAUCAUCGUCAUCAUCUUCCUCAAAACAAAUGAAAUCUUCGACGAUCACAAAUGCUGCUGGUCUCAGCUCAUUAAUCACCUUCACUAUUUUAUUGUUGGCAUGGAUAUCGGGAUUCGCAUCCAGGCUUUUUGCGAUUAUACGAUUUGAAUCUAUCAUUCAUGAAUUUGAUCCAUGGUUCAAUUACCGAGCAACAGCGUACAUGGUCCAGCAUGGAUUUUACAAUUUUCUUAACUGGUUCGACGAGCGAGCCUGGUACCCACUUGGUCGAAUCGUCGGUGGAACCGUAUAUCCAGGACUUAUGAUAACAUCUGGCUCUAUACAUUACAUUCUUCAUUCAUUAAACAUUCCAAUACACAUUCGGGACAUUUGUGUAUUUUUGGCACCAGUUUUCAGCGGACUAACCGCAAUAUCAACAUACUUCUUAACUAAAGAAUUAUGGAGCGCGGGUGCAGGUUUAUUUGCAGCGUGCUUUAUCGCCAUCGUACCCGGAUAUAUAUCGAGAUCAGUAGCUGGUAGUUAUGAUAACGAGGGGAUAGCCAUAUUUGCGCUACAAUUUACUUACUACUUAUGGGUUAAAUCUGUAAAAAAAGGAUCUAUAUUUUGGGCUGCAUUGACGGCAUUGUCGUACUUCUACAUGGUCUCCGCCUGGGGUGGCUAUGUAUUUAUUAUAAACUUAAUACCGUUGCACGUAUUCCUGCUUCUCUUGAUGAAUCGAUUCAGCAAUCGGUUGUUCGUGAGUUAUACGACCUUCUAUAUACUUGGAUUGCUGCUGAGUAUGCAGAUUCCGUUUGUAGGAUUUCAACCAAUAAGAACAUCUGAACAUAUGGCAGCUGGUGGAGUUUUUGUAUUACUCAUUUUUGUAGGAACUUUAAGGUACCUACGAACGAUACUCACAAAAUCUGAGAUGAAAUACUUUGGAGGGAUAGUCGUCAUAAUUGCGGGAGUUCUUCUUCUAGGACUCGUUCUUUUGACGUACAUGGGUUUCGUAGCGCCUUGGAGUGGAAGAUUUUACAGUCUUUGGGAUACUGGGUAUGCCAAAAUUCACAUUCCCAUCAUUGCAUCGGUCUCUGAGCAUCAACCGACAACGUGGUUCAGUUUCUUCUUCGAUCUUCAUAUUCUCGUAUCGACUUUCCCAGUCGGUUUAUGGUACUGCAUCAAGCGAAUUAACGAUGAGCGCGUCUUCAUAGUCCUCUACGCGUUGAGCGCUGUUUAUUUUGCUGGUGUGAUGGUUCGUCUGAUGCUGACGCUAACUCCAGUAGUAUGCAUGUUGUCUGGUGUUGCAUUCAGCGGACUUUUAGAGAUGUACCUGAAAGAUGAAGACCGUGAGUCUGGUGACAGAGAAAAUGUAGACAGUAGCGAGGCCGAAAGUGAAACUGACGGUGAACGUAGUCCAGGAAGAGGACUUUACGACAAAGCGGGAAAAUUAAGGCGAAUGAAACACGAAAAACCUAAAGGCAACGGAGAUGGACUUGGCUCAAAUCUUCGCAAUGGUGUUGUAAUUGGUGUUUUAAUGCUAUUAAUGAUGUUUACGGUUCACUGCACUUGGGUCACUAGCAAUGCAUACUCCAGUCCAUCUAUUGUUCUUGCUUCCUACACUCAUGACGGUGGCCGCAGUAUACUUGAUGACUUCCGCGAAGCUUAUUAUUGGCUUGCACAAAAUACUCCAACUGACGCUAGAAUAAUGAGCUGGUGGGAUUACGGAUAUCAAAUAGCCGGAAUGGCUAAUAGGACGACACUCGUAGACAAUAAUACUUGGAAUAAUUCUCAUAUUGCGUUGGUAGGAAAGGCUAUGAGCUCAACAGAACCAAAGGCUUACGAAAUAAUGACGUCACUAGAUGUCGAUUAUGUUCUAGUAAUAUUUGGAGGAAUGAUCGGUUAUUCAGGCGAUGACAUAAACAAAUUUUUAUGGAUGGUCCGUAUUGCUGAAGGCGAGCAUCCUCAAGAUAUUCGCGAGAGUGAUUACUUUACUGAGCGUGGAGAGUUUCGUGUUGAUGCUGAGGGUUCACCGACCCUUCUCAAUUGUCUUAUGUACAAAUUGAGUUAUUAUCGUUUUGGCGAAGUAGUACUGGACUACCGUAUGUCAGCUGGAUUUGAUCGUACGAGGCAAGCUGAAAUAGGAAAUAAAAAUUUCAAGUUAACUUAUCUUGAUGAGGCCUACACUACUGAACAUUGGCUCGUAAGAAUUUACAGGGUGAAGAAGCCCAAUGAGUUCAAUCGACCCAGGAUUCCAUUAUCGGAACGUAAGAUUGCACGAUCAACGAGCUCCUACCACAAUAAAAAGUUAAAAUUUUGGGGGGGCCGGCAUUGAUGUUUCAGACGACACGUCGCAAGAAGGGAAUAAUCAAGAAUAAACCGACAGUGGUGAAAGGACAGAAACCUCAAAGAAGAACGACCGUUUAAAAUGUAAAUAAUUUUUGACAAGACUUGAUCAUUUUUCUCCUCUUUGGCACCUCGUUCACUCACCUCUGGCGUUUUUUAUCAAUAAGUAAAGUCACCGUCCCUUUUUAAUUAAAUAAAAUUAUUAAUAAUUAAUAAAAAUGGAAAUUAACCUUUUUCAAUUAAAAAUUAAAUAAUUUUGAGUGUGCCUCGAUGUACUAUAGAAUUAUUACGGAAAAAAAAUUUUUAUUACAGUUGAUUUAUAAUUUUUUAUUUUUUAAAAAUAAACGGUAUAUUUCCGAAAAAAAAAUGAAAAUGAAAAAAAAAUUGAUAAAUAAAUGAAUAAAAAAAAUUAAACUUUAAUACGUUCAAUUACAUUUAGACCACUGAAAUAAAACAUUUGUAUUUCGUAAAUACGUAUCAUCGAUGCAAUAAAAUGACGAUGCAAACUGGUCGUCAACUUUCAAAAUUAUAAUUAAUUUAAUAAGCUUAAUAAUUAUAAUUAUAAUAAUACGGAUAUACUGAUUAUUGAAUUAAAUACUUUGCUGUGAGCAAUAUAAUUUGGAAAUUAUAAAAGUAUAUCCUUUAUGUGAGAAUAAAAAUUAUUUAAUUAUGAAUACAAACUACAAGUGAUAGAUAAAAAUACUUGGUAAAUACCUGGGGAUUUUUUUAAACAUUUAAUAUAAUAAUAAUAAUAAUAAAAAAAAUAAUAACAAUAUUAUUAAGGAUAAAUAUAUGUAUAUUUGACGAUUAUGUUUGUGAGUAAGCAGCAUUUAUUGAAGUGAUUAUUGAAAAUACUAUUGUAUUUUCUGUCAGAUAUACAAUAGAUAUUCGAUGUUAAAAUAUAAAUUUAACAAAUUACCUAAUAUCUAUUUUCAAUACGAGCUUCUCGAAAAAAAAUGUAUUUCCAUCACGACUGAAAUCUCACCAGAUAUAUAAAUAAUAGUAAUAAUAAUAAUUAUUAUAAUAUUAAUAAUAAUAAUAUAAAUGAUAAUACUGAAAACAUGUAAUUGUCAUUACAUUAAUUGUAAAAAAAUUUUAUAAUAGUAUUUCGGUAGUUUAUUUUGUCAUCUGUAAUAUCUGGUGUGUAAAAAAAAAUAACUAAAACAAAAAAGUAAUUGAUUACAAUAAUAAAUAAUUCAAAGGAAAAAAUAAGAAAUCGACAAGUUCGGGCGGUUCAAUACUUGUAAAUGCUCAUAAUAUUGAGCCUGUAAGUGUCUUGUUUACACUGUUUGUUGUUUAGAGUCUUGUUAAAAGAUAAAUAUUCACAGUAACAUU